AUGGCGAAGAAACAGAAAUCCCGCAUGAUCCCCGUGCGCCUCAUCUCCAUGGCCAUGACGGGCUUCUUCUACCAGUUCACCCGGCCCCGGACCUCGAAACCAAUGAGCAUGCUCAAGUACGACCCGAUAGUGCGGAAAAAGGUGCUCUUCCUCGAACAGAAGCGAAAAGGUUGA